CUCGAGAAUAAUUCGAGAUCAUCGAAAAUUUCAACCAUCCAAGCACAUUAACAACAUGGCAUCAAGAGGUGGUUUCCGUGGCCGUGGAGGCUUUUCAGGUGGCCGUGGAGGAGGUCGCGGCGGCUUUCAGCAGUCUUUUGGACCCCCCGCAUCCGUUCUAGAGAUGGGUACCUUCAUGCACGCAUGUGAGGGCGAGAUCGUUUGCGAGUCGAUCAACCCAAAAAUCCCUUACUUCAAUGCGCCAAUCUACCUCGAGAACAAGACCGCGAUUGGCAAAGUCGACGAGAUUCUUGGACCACUUAACCAGGUUUACUUCACUAUCAAGCCUCAGGAAGGCAUUGUCGCAACCUCCUUCAAGUCUGGAGAUAAGUUCUAUAUUGGAGGUGAUAAACUUCUGCCACUAGAGAAGUUCCUGCCCAAGCCUAAGCCCCCGCCAGGCGCUCCCAAGCCUAAGCGUGCCGGUGGUGCUGCACGAGGCGGCGCGAGGGGAGGCAGAGGUGGUGCUAGAGGCGGUGGAAGAGGAGCUCCUCGAGGACGUGGAGGUUUCGGAGGACCUUCUGGUCGCGGUGGUAGCCGUGGAGGGAGCCGCGGUGGCUUCGGUGGCUUCAGUGCCGGUCGUGGUGGCGGACGUGGUGGUAGAGGUCGUUUUUAAGAACUAGAGUUUUCUUACUUUCCAAUGCUUCAUGUUCUUGUCAGGGCGUUCAGGAUUUGUUAGACUACCCUUGAGACUCAAAAAAGACAUUUAGUGUCUCGGAUCUACGUCGGGGUAUUUAAAUCAAAAAGUCCUUUAUCCACUUUAGAAAUACUUUGAGUUUAAUUGUGCGAGAGAACAUAUAAUUGCAUGGCCC